UGUAUUUCAUAAAAAGAGAAAAAUUAUUAUUAAAAAACAAAGAUAGAAAAGAAAUAUAUUAUUUAAAAAAAUAAUUAAAAAAAAAAAAAACAGGGAAAUUGAGAAAUGAUAGCAAAAGUAAAAAGAAAAUUUUUUAAAUAUAAUUUUUUUUCUUUUCCAUAAACUUUUUUGUAAUAUUCGUAUUUACGGUAAUUUUUUUUUUUUUUUUGCUUCUAUUGUCAAAACAAAAAAAUCUAAAAUUGCAUAAUUAUUAAUUAUUUAAAAAAAAAAAAUGACUCUUAUUUUAACGAGAGUCGAUUAUUUAUCAGUAGGUGUUACUGCUCGUGGGACAACAAAACUUUUGCCCACAGAUUCUAAGCAAACACAAAAAUUUGUCGUUGGCGAUUACGAUGGAAUUGUUCACAUAUAUGGAAUGAAGAAAAAUGAAUUGCAAUUGAUUUUUAAAUCGUUGCCGGGACCAAAAAUAAAUGGAUUAAUAUUGGGUGGUGCUGUUGAUAUGAUACGUGAUAAAAUUUUCAUUUGUCACAAUAAUACCGUUAAAGGAUUUUCAAGAAAAGGAAAACUUUUUCUUGAUUUUGAUACAAGUCUUCUUGAUGAUAUUACGACAAUGUACGUAUUGGGACCAGAUUUAGCUGCUUGCUCGCGUGAUGUCUAUCAUCGUUAUCGUGAUUGCAAAGAUGCUGAUUCAUAUUUAGUUGGCGAACGUCUUCUCGAUGUUGUUCUACUUCCGGCGGAAGGACUUUCAGUUUAUACUGUUUUAGCAUGUAGCGAUUGUGCUAUAAGAGUUCUCUAUGGAACGAAAAGUCCAACUAUAAUUCGAUUACCGAGUGUGCCGUCAAUUUUAAAAUUGUUCAGGGAAGAUAAUGUAUUAUCGAGAAAUCAUAUUUUAAUGGGGACUCUCGAUGGAAAAGUAGGUCUUUUAAUUCUAGAAACCAAUAAAACUGUACGUGUCACGUGGCUAUUAAAUUCUUCAAAUUCAGAAAUUACCGCUUUAGAUACAUAUAUUUUACAAGAUACUCUGGAUUUUAUUGUGGGAAGACAAAAUGGAACUGUUGAAGUUUUUGCCUUUCCCACCGAUGAGGAAGCAACGCCAACUUUAAGAUUCCGUUAUAAUUGUGGUGAAAGUGUAAGUAGUUUAAACGGUGGUGUUGUGGGAUCAAUUGGCUAUCCAGAAAUUUUGGUUACAACUUAUUCGGGUAGAAUUUUUGGUCUCUCAACAAAACCACCGGGUCUGAUGGAAGCGAUGCAAAAUCAAUCGAGUAUUUCUAAAUUGGAACAAGAAAUUGAACAAUUGCAAAUGAAAUUAAAAGAGGAAAAUGAUGCUUCCAGUUAUGUGGCUGAAAAUCUUGUUCCUUUGGUUUUAUCUGUGAAUUAUAGAAUGGUCCUUAAUAAAGCAGACACUUCUUAUUCGUUAAUUGUUGAACUCGACAGUGCAAUAGACAAUGUUUUAAUACAAUCCGACGCUCCCAUAGAACUUUUAGAUGUUGAAAGUAACAAUGCAGUUGCUAGUUUAUCAACUUGCGAUCCUAAGGAAGGAAAUUAUGUUUUAGCAACUUAUCGAUGCCAAAUAAAUACAAAAAUGUUGGAAAUGAGAUUAAGAACAAUAGAAGGACAAUCUGGAACUUUACAAGUUUACGUAACAUCCGAUGUGCAACCGAAAUGUUGUCGAAAAAUAAAAAUUCCAAUUUGUGCUCUUUCACUGCAUACAAGAAUACACGAGGAAGAGAAACCAAUUGGUGGACCAUUCAAUGAAUUAAAAUUAAAUGGAAAUUAUUCAGUCGCUGAGAUGCACGCAUGGCUUUCUCUUGUAUUACCGGAAGCUCCAGAAAGGCCAUUUUUACAAGAAGGCGAAGCAACAUUAACUUACACAUCAUGUUUUAUUGGAACAAAUAUUAUAUGCAAAUAUAAAAAAGGAAGCGCUGUUUUUCUCAGCGAAAAUAUUUCAACAAUCAUUAUUCUUCGUGAUGUUCUCACCAAAGAGGCUACCAAACGAAAAAUGAAACUUGACGUUUUUUGCGAAGUAUCGGAUGCGAGUUUAACAAGAGUUUUGGAAAUAAUUCUACCUCGUUUGAAAACAGCUCAUGAUUUAACGGAAAAAAUAAUUAUUCUCGAUGCACUCGAAUAUUGGGAAUUAAAAGAUAAUCCAAUAAAAAAUCUUGGCACUGAAUAUCAGGAAAUAGUGAAAAAUGAAGCGAAUAUUAGAAUUCAAAUUAUGAAUAAUAAGGAUAUUUUGGAAAGACUCAAUGCUGUUAUUAUUGAUCUCUACGUUGAUUGGCAGCGAGCAAAAGGCUCACACAGAAUCACAAAUCGAGUUGCAGCGGAAAAAUUGAAUUCAGCUCUUAAAUCCAUGGACAUAAAGGAACUUCUUCAAGUAUUUCUUGAACGUGACAUUUCCAGUGAUAUAGAAAUUCUUCCAACUACCUCAAGGGAACAAAGUUAAAAAUAAAAAAUUAUUAUAUAUGUAUAAAAAAAAG